AAUUUGUGCUGGGGACCUGGAGACAGGAGAUCGAGGCGCGCGAGCGAGGGCGAGAUGGGGAGGGGCAGGGUGGAGCUGAAGCGGAUCGAGAACAAGAUCAACCGCCAGGUGACCUUCUCCAAGCGUCGCAAUGGCCUCCUCAAGAAGGCCUACGAGCUCUCCGUGCUCUGCGACGCCGAGGUGGCGCUCAUCGUCUUCUCCAGCCGUGGCAAGCUCUACGAGUUCGGCAGCGCAGGGGUAAAUAAGACUUUGGAAAAGUACCAUAAUUGUUGUCACAAUGCUCAAGAUUCCAACACUAGUUUUGGUGGUGAACCUCAGAAUUGGUACCAAGAAAUGUCAAGGUUCAAGGAUAAGCUUGAAUCGCUCCAACGCUCUCAGAGGCACAUGCUUGGUGAGGACCUUGGGCCCCUGAGCAUAAAGGAGCUGCAGCAACUGGAAAAACAACUUGAAGAUUCUCUGUCACAGGCUCGACACCGGAAGACUCAAAUGAUGAUGGAACAGAUGGAUGAGCUUCGUCGAAAGGAGCGCCAACUUGAUGAGCUUAACAAGAAACUGAAAAACAAGCUGGAAGCAGAAGGUUGCAGCAACUACAGGGGCGUCCAAACAUCCUGGGCUACUGACGCAGCAAUAACCAGCGACAGCGGGGCACUUUCCACGCCAAAUGCUGAACCACCAGCUGCUGCUGUGGACUGUGAACCCACUCUGCAAAUCGGGUUCGUUGCUGCUGAGGCAGCAGCCAAGCCAAGACGAAGUAAACACUGAAGGAGGAGAGGAGAACAACCACUUCAUGCUCGGUUGGGCCCUUUGAGUUGUUCUCGAUCCAUGGAAUUCGAAGCAACGAAUUAAUAAAGAUGUCGUACGUUUAGUAUGGCAAACCAUGAAACUUAAUUAUAUCGUGAUAUAGUCUGAUACCAUGAAUUGCAUGCUGGCCCUAGCUGAUGGUAUGCACGCACUGUUCUCUCUGACAAUCAUAUGUGCCCCCUAGCUUCUCUUUUGUUCAGAACUGUGCUAGCUAGCCUUUUCCUUGUCCUUUGAUUCUUGGAUUAGAAUCAACACUUCAGUUCAAGGGCCUAUUAAAUGGAGCGUACUCUAUGUACAUAGUGUUGCCUUCAUCUCAAUCGGC